CGGCCCCGUUCCGGUCGGCGGCGCUUCCGGCGGGGCGAUGCCGCCCUUCGCCUCGGGGCUGCUGGUGCUGACGGCGCCGCUGCCCGCGCUGCCCCGGCGGGCGGCGGGGCUGGUGGCGGCGGCGGCGGGGCUGGUGGCGGGGCCGCUGUACGUGCAUCUGCAGCCGGGGCUGCGGCUGGGCUGCCCCGCCGCCGGCCCCGCCGCUCCGCCCGCCGAGGCGCCGGGGCCGCUGGAGCCGGUGCAGCUCGGGCUGCAGCGCCUGGCCGCCGCUCUGUACGGCUGCCCGCCGAGCCUGCCCGCGCUGCUGCUGGGCGAGGACACCGCGGGGGACCCCGAGGGGGACCCCGAGCAGGAUCUCGACGCGACGCUCCCCGAAUUCCUGGACGUGGCUGUUGGCGGCACCUUCGACCGGCUGCACGGCGCCCACCGGCUCCUGCUCAGCGUCUGCUGCCUCCUGGCCCGGCAGCGGCUCCUGGCCGGGGUGGCCGACGGAGAGCUGCUCCGCCACAAGGUCCUGCCAGAGCUGAUCGAGCCGUACGAGCUGCGGGCGGCGAAGCUGCGCGAGUUCUUGGAGGAUGUGAAGCCCUCACUGUGCUACGACAUCGUGCCUCUGGCCGACCCCUUCGGCCCCUCGGUCACAGACCCCGACCUGCAGUGCCUGGUGGUCAGCGAGGAGACCCGCCAGGGAGGGGUGGCUGUGAACAGGAAGAGACAUGAAAACGGGCUCCCCGAGCUGGCUCUGUAUGAAAUCCAAUUGAUGAAGGAUCCUCACCACACUCAGAACGAGGAGGAGAAGAUCAGCUCCUCCAGCCUCCGGCAGAGGCUGCUGGGGACGCUGCUGCAGCCCCCACGGCGAGACCCAGCUCUGCCGCUGCGCCCGUACAUUAUUGGGCUGACUGGGGGAACCGGGAGUGGGAAAACCUCCAUUGCCAAACUCCUGGGGAGCCUGGGCGCGUUCGUCAUCGACGCUGACAAGCUGGGCCAUGCCGUCUAUGUCCCUGGUGGCCCGGCCUACGAGCCAGUGGUGACAGCCUUUGGGGCAGAGAUCCUGAAUGAAGAUGGAACGAUUAACAGGAAAGUCCUCGGGGCCAAAGUGUUUGGAAAGCAGGAGCAGCUGAAGAGGCUGACGGAUAUUGUCUGGCCCAAAAUAGCCCAGAUGGUGAAGGAGAGGGUCAGGGAGGCUGAUGCUCAAGGGAAGGCUGUGUGUGUGCUGGACGCUGCCGUGCUGCUGGAGGCCGGCUGGCAGGACAUGGUCCAUGAGGUGUGGACUGCCAUCAUCCCGGAGGAGGAGGCCGUGAGGCGCAUCGUGGCCAGGGAUGGGCUGACCGAGGAGGCCGCUCGCCGCCGGCUGCAGAGCCAGAUGAGCAACAGGCAGCGGGUCGAGCAGUCGCAGGUGGUGCUCUGCAGCCUCUGGGAGCCGGACAUCACCCGCCAGCAGGUGCAGAAGGCCUGGGACCUGCUGCAGCAGCGCCUGAGCCUGGAGCCUGGCCCGUGAGGGCCCAGCCCGUGACGGUCCGUGUCCAGCCACCACUGCCCACCAUGAACCGGCGGACGAAGCAGCGUGGGACCGAGACCACCGGCCCCAUCCAGCUCUGGGGAGGCUCCGGGGCAUCCGUCCUGCGGCCCCCCGGUGAGGGGGAACACUGCAGGGCUGAGCCCCCUGGGUGACAGUAAAGAGGCUGCUCCUGCA